AUGUUGGAUGAUCAGUACCGCACUGGUGAGAAACGGCCAGUACAAGACAUUCUACGUCGAAGAUCAGAGGAAUGGGUACCAGCAAUUGGCAGUGAUACUGACCUGGAAUCAACAUCGCAUAAGGGAAAUGACACCAGAUGCGGUCGGCACCAUGUUGGCUAUAUUGGUAAAGAAAUUGGGCCCUGUCUCAGAGAGUCACCAUUGUUUGAGGGUUACAACACAUGUGGAGGGAUAGAAGGCCAAGUGUGCUCUGUUCUUGCUGCUGUCUGGCUUGGGGAAGAGGAGCAGGAAGAGGAGCUGUGA